AUGCCGGCUGAUGAGGAAUUUGAGCUGAAGGGGCUCAGCCAGACCACCUUUCCAGCGCACGUCUCAUCAGGGCUGCUGGCGCCCUCACCCACGCCCGGCCUCGUCGCCACUGUCGCCAAUGGGAACAACCUUGAGAUUCGCCGCGAUCAAGGCGAGCUCGUGUCGAGUAAUACAGAAAGGGGCAGGGCGGUGCAGGCUUUGUGUUGGAAGGCAGAUGGCCAAUUCCUCGCUGCAGGCUGGGAUGACGGCACUGUGCGCCUGUUGAGUGUAGAGAACACCAAAGUCGUCCACCGCCUCAAUGUUGCGCAGCGUCAUGCGGACAACGCAGAGCCGGCGCAGAUUGUACACAUUGCUUGGGUGCGCAACCUAGCGCGGGAGCGUCGCCGUGGCCGUGGCCGUGGCCCUAAGGCUCAUAUCACCAGCGAAAUGAAAGCUCUGGGCUCUGAAAUAGGAGGAUCUCUCGAUGCGAAGAAUGAUGGCCAUAUCGUGGAUUUGCCGCACGCCCUGACGUUCUUCGAGAUUGACGCCUCGCUGCCCAAGAUCAGCCCGCUGCCUGUCUCGGGCGGCACGGGUGAUGAUAUGUUUGCGUUCUCGACCGCGACCGCGCUGGAGUCCAUGUUUCCGCCACUGAAGCUCAAGGAUAGUAGAGUGGUGGAUGUCAUGGUUGUGGGGACGAAAGACGGCCAUGUGCAUCUGAGCAUCUACGACUCCUUCUUCAUAGGGUCCUUCUACGUACCUAUUGCAGUCCGUCUUGGAGGUGUAGAGCCAAGGGUGAAUGUGGAUGGGACUCACGAGGUGGUCCUCCACGCCUCGCACCCAAAGGUAUCGACGCACUGUCUAAUCAUGGGACCAACUGAUGAUGGCGUGGGCGCGACGACUCUGUAUGUCGUCCUCAUGGAUCUAAGGUUUAUCUCAGACUCACCUUUCGACCUGUCACUGCUGGCUUCCAAGACGACCAUGCUACAGAAAUUGCUGCGAUAUCUCAAACAAGCACAAAUCCAUAUUCUCAACGAAUGGCAAGCGACGCGGGAGUUGCCGUCGCGGUUUCUCAACUUUAUACAACAAGAUCUGCAGAAGAUGGACUGUCGACCCAACAAUAUUGUCCAGGCGUUGUAUCACACGGUGCUGACGGGCCAUGUGCACGCGCCGGUCAAGGACUGGCUUGUUGAAAGCAUUGGGGAUCGGGGCCACAAACGAUGGGAAAAGGCUGUGAUUCCCAGCCUCGAGUCCCUCUGCAAUCUCAUCCAUGAGAAUACGCUGCCCGCCCUCGAGCGAAUCACCCUCAUUCUCAGCCGGCUGUCUGGUAUCGCACGCUUCCACGAGCAGGACGACCACAUUGGCUUUACCAGCACCGAUAUUACACGGCUCGUCAAUAUUGUAGCUGCUCUCCAUUUUGUAUGCAACAAGAUCCUCCUUCUCGUGAUAGAGGAGCUCGACCUCUUCCGCGUAUUCUCUUCGUGGCUGCGGAUCACCAUCGACCGCGUAUCGACUAGCAACGUAUCCGACGAGAUUAUGGAGAAAGAAGCACUUCUGGACACUAGCAAAGUGCUGCAGUACAUAGAAGGUUAUUUGGUCAGCAGUCCUCUGGCAUUGUAUUUCGAGAAGCUACCAAAGGAGAUCUGGGAAGAGGACCGGGCAAGUAUCCAGGACUGGAGCAAGGUGCUAGACCAGGUGGAUCAAGAGCUGAAGCAAGAAGAAGCUGGCAAGCCCUUCAAAAAAGCACUGCCGCAGCUUGGAUUCUUAGUGGACCUUCUCACCGAGAGGACGGGAGGUGUCUUGAAGAACAUUGCCGAGGCUGAGAGACGGAGUGUGCGCUUCGGUGCGGCGGCCAAGUUCGAGCUCCAGCACGGUGGCGGGAACCGGGAGACCUUCAAGUUGUUCGACGGAAGAAUGCGCCAAAACCCACGGCUUGUCAUUGUGCCAUUUGGGGCAGGCACUCCAUCAGCCUGUCUAGAAAAGGUCUUCCCUGGCAACCUGGCUGAAUUUGUGCCCAGGCAGAUGAAGGUUCAAGAAGCGAAUGAUUACCAUGGACAAGUUCCUCAUCGAGUGUGCCUUUUAGGGAAAGAUGAGGUCAGUUAUAAGGUGUUCACUCUAAUACCCGAGCGAGAGGAACUUGUUGAGCACGCAGCCAGCUCGUCUCAUGGGGAGAUGACAUAG